AUGGAUUCCCAAGGACGAAAAGUUGUAGUUUGCGAUAAUGGCACAGGGUUUGUCAAGUGUGGAUAUGCAGGUUCAAAUUUUCCUGCACACAUAUUCCCAUCUCUUGUUGGGCGGCCGAUUAUCAGAUCUACAGCUAAAGUUGGGAAUAUUGAAAUCAAGGAUUUGAUGGUUGGAGAUGAAGCCAGCCAACUGAGAUCUAUGCUGGAGGUCACCUACCCAAUGGAUAAUGGAAUAGUUCGUAACUGGGAGGACAUGAUUCAUAUUUAUGAUCAUACAUUUGGCAAAGAUCGCCUUAACAUUGAUACAAGGAAUGCACGAAUUUUGCUGACAGAACCACCCAUGAACCCAAUGAAGAACAGGGAGAAGAUGAUUGAGGUAAUGUUUGAAAAAUACCAGUUCCAGAGUGUCCACAUUGCUAUUCAAGCAGUACUAACCUUGUAUGCACAAGGUCUUUUGACUGGAGUGGUAGUUGAUUCAGGUGAUGGCGUGACUCACAUUUGUCCUGUGUAUGAUGGUUUCUCACUCCCACAUCUCACUCGCCGUCUGGAUAUAGCCGGCCGAGAUAUUACUCGUUACCUCAUUAAGCUGCUGCUGUUGAGAGGGUAUGCCUUCAAUCACUCUGCUGAUUUUGAGACUGUUCGGAUGCUGAAAGAGAAGUUGUGCUACGUAGCAUAUGAUGUUGAGCAGGAGCAAAAGCUGGCAUUGGAAACUACCGUCUUGGUGGAGUCCUACACUCUACCAGAUGGUCGUGUGAUCAAGGUUGGAGGAGAGCGCUUUGAAGCCCCGGAGGCACUUUUUCAACCUCAUCUGAUCAAUGUAGAUGGUGUGGGAGUUGCAGAACUUCUGUUCAAUACCAUUCAAGCAGCAGACCUGGAUAUACGCUCUGACUUCUAUAAGCAUAUAGUUCUUUCAGGCGGAUCUACGAUGUACCCAGGUCUUCCAUCACGCUUGGAGCGGGAAAUCAAGCAGUUGUAUCUGGAACGAGUGCUCAAAGGAGACACAUCUAGACUUUCUAAAUUUAAAAUCCGCAUUGAAGAUCCUCCAAGGCGUAAGCAUAUGGUGUUCUUAGGUGGCUCAGUGCUGGCAGAUAUCAUGAAAGACAAAGAUGACUUCUGGAUGAUGAGACAGGAAUAUCAGGAGAAAGGUGUGCGUGUUCUGGACAAGCUCAUGAAGCCUACUACUAGCUAGGUAGAUUUGUUUCAGAGGUCAGCCAUUGCAAAACAUCUGUAUUUUAGUAUGAUUAUGCUGUGAAAGAGGGUUAGGGAAAAGAACUUUGCUAUAUCAGCAUUGUGGGGUAAACUCCAGCUGAACAAAUGUGAUAGCCAUAUUAUUCUGGCUCUUGAAAAAGCUGAUAGAAUCCACAAUGACACAAGAGCAGCAACAAUCUAGAUUCUGGGUUUUGUGCAGUAAUAACAGUUACAGUUAUGACAACUUGUUUUAGGCUACAUUAAUUUUUUUAACCCCAAAGACAUUAAAGGCUAUUUCAGUUCUGGGUGAAAUAUAUUGUUGAAGCGAGCCACACUUUGGAAAAGUCGAGGUUCAGAAUGCCUGAUUUGAUUGCUAAUGGUGUAUGAUAAAGACGUGAGAAUUUUAGUCUUUAUUGUUUGGACCAUUAUGUUUAGUUAUCAUGUUAUUGCUUCCACAUUCUUUAUAAUAUUAAGUUAUUUUUCUGAGAAAAUUUUUCUAUUGUGCAUAAAGACUUGUUAUACUAUUACGAGUUCUUUUACUAGUAUAACUCAAAGAACGAGUGGGUGUGAAUGACUAGUUCAGCUUGCAAUUUGGAUUGUACAGUUUCUUGAGCAUUGCAAUAAUUUCUGCAAAUGGUUGAGCAAGUUGAACUCUAAAACAUUUUGCCAAAAUCCCUUUGGUGUAACAUGUAUCAUGUGGCAAGUUUUAUACAUUUGUAGAACAUACGAAGCUAUGUGCUGAUCUUUGAUCCUCCAGCAAAUAUCUGGUUGCAAAAGUCACAGCCUAGCUUUACUCUUCGUUCUUGCAUCUACACAACUGCCUAUAUUACUUCAUUUAACACAUUUCAUUGUAUUAUGUAAAUUAAAAUGCAUUAAACUUGCCUUACAACUUUUAUUUUAA